AUGAAUAACCCCUCCCCCCAGGCCCCAGCGGGAGAAGCCUCCACAUCUGUCUGCCGGCCCAAGACGUCCAUGGCCUCCGGGUCCCGCCGCCAACGCCGAGAGCGUCGCUUCCGUCGUUACUUGUCCGCGGGGCGGCUGGUCCGGGCCCAGGCCCUCCUCCAGCGACACCCAGGCCUCGAUGUCGACGCCGGGCAGCCCCCACCCCUGCACCGGGCCUGUGCCCGCCACGACGCCCCGGCGCUGUGCUUGCUGCUCCGGCUGGGGGCGGACCCUGCCCACCAGGACCGCCACGGGGACACGGCGCUGCACGCCGCUGCGCGCCAGGGCCCGGACGCCUACACGGACUUCUUCCUGCCACUACUGAGUCGCUGCCCCUCUGCCAUGGGAAUAAAGAAUAAGGAUGGGGAGACCCCUGGGCAAAUUCUGGGCUGGGGACCCCCCUGGGAUUCUGCUGAAGAGGAAGAAGAAGACGAGGCCUCUAAGGAGAGGGAAUGGAGGCAGAAGCUGCAGGGAGAGCUGGAGGAGGAGUGGCAGGAGGUGAUUGGGAGGUUUGAAGAUGACGCUUCCCAUGAGACCCAGGAACCUGAGUCCUUCUCAGCCUGGUCAGAUCGCCUGGCCCAGGAACACGCCCAGAAGCACCAGCAGCAGCACGAGACACAGGGAGCCUGCCGACCCCCACGGGCCGAGGGUUCCAAUCACAGCUGGCAACAGCAGGAGGAGGAGCAGCGGCUCUUCCGAGAGCGAGCCCGGGCCAAGGAGGAAGAACUGCGUGAGAGCCGAGCCCAGAGGGCCCAGGAGGCUCGUGGGGACCGAGGGCCAGAGCCAGCCAGGGCUGGGCCCAGCGCAGAGCACCCACGAGGAGCAGGGAGAGGCAGCCUCUGGCGCUUUGGUGAUGUGCCCUGGCCGUGCCCUGGGGGAGGGGACCCAGAGGCCAUGGCAGCAGCCCUGGUGGCCAGGGGCCCCCCCUUGGAGGAGCAGGGGGCUCUGAGGAGGUACUUAAGGGUCCAGCAGGUCCGCUGGCACCCUGACCGCUUUCUGCAGCGAUUCCGAAGCCAGAUUGAGACCUGGGAGCUGGGCCGCGUGAUGGGGGCCGUGACGGCCCUUUCUCAAGCCCUGAAUCGCCAUGCGGAGGCCCUCAAGUGA